UACCUGCGAUCUGGAGAUCAGAGCAGGCCUGACAUCACUCGGCGUUGACACUGAUGACUUAACAGGUUGAACAUCUGAGAAAAUAUUAGCAUCAUGUCGCAAUAUGUUGACAGAAACCAGGUGUUAAACACCACCAAGGUGCGAACAUCGCUGAAGAACGAUGGCUGCUGGAUCCAAAGAUCUGAAAAGAAAAAAGAAGAGCAAGACGAAGCCCAGACGGACCUCGGUGAGGAGACCGGACCCACUGAGGUCAAGCAGAAGUCAUACGUCCUCUCUACAGCCAAGAAAUUUGAAUCAGUGAAUGCUCCUGUGAGUCCUCCUCCCAAACAGACAACUGAAGGGUAUAUACUUGAAUCAGCUACUCUGACAAACGGUGAAGUCAUUCUUCCCCAAGAUGAUGAUCAGCCUGGGGGCUCAACAGUGGAGACCAUAAAUGAUACAAAGCCCCAAGCACCCACAGAAGAACUCAUCCAAAAUGGUGAAGCAAAACCAGAAAACCCUGUUGCCGAUGCAGCUGAAGAAAACAAGGAAGGACUUGCUGAUGCACCAGUUGACCAAUCAAAUGUGGAAGACAAAGAGAGCGCAGCUGAAGUCUCUUCAGAUAUUCAUGUCCAAAAUGAAGGACCGACAUUCUGUUCAGCAAAGGAAAAUCCAGAGGCAGCAGCUCCUGCAGAGCCGGCUGAGCAACCAGUGGUAACAGCCGAAAGUGAAGGGGAACAUGCUGAUACAACAGCUGAGCAAUCAAACCCAGGAGAUCCAACCCAGCCCAAGGUCUCUGCAGAUGCACGCGUGGAAGAUCCUGUCGCAGAAACCUCAGAUGUGGCUGGAACAGGAGAGAAGGAAGACCAACCUCACAGUGUGGAACCAAUCCCAGAUUUACUGUUCGAAUCUUUAGCCAAAUCAUUAAGUCUUCAUCCUGUAUCAGACUCGCUGAAGCAGUCUGCUGCCAACACCACAGUCGAGUCUGAAGAGUCUAACGUCAAAGCUGCAGCUCCAGCAGAAGCAGGUGUAAAGACCAGUGCUGUAGAGAUGCCCAAGAGUGAGGUCCAGCCUGUUGAUGACACUGCACCUGAGAACACAGCAGAUCCUGUGCACGUGGAGUUGGACAUCACUGACGCUGUUGAACCUGUAGCUGCCCCGGAAGGUGGAGCAGUUCAGAGUGUGUUAUCUGACGGAGGCAUUGAACUGACUGAUGCAUUGGAUGUGGAGCCGCCCACAACUGAAGCUGCUCCUGAACCUGAACCUGAACCUGUGGAUGAUCCAGAGCAAACUCACUCAGAGGAGGCAACACAGAACCAGUCUGAUGAUACCAAUACCACUGAAACGUUUCAAAAGCCCAGAGAGGAGCAGCAAUCUAAGAACACUCUUAAAGUGACCAGUGAUGGCAAAGCUAUUUGUUCAUUCUGUGACCAAAUUAUUGAUGGAAGGAUCAAGAUCUCAUUCAGCGAACCUCUGCUGACCUGCCAUGCUGAGUGUCUAAAGUGUGGUGUGUGUGCUAAGGGCCUGGGAGAGUUGCUGAUCCCCAUGUUUCUGCGUGACCAGUUGAUCCAGUGUGAUGGCUGCUUCCUCUCGAGGCGUGAAGCCUGACUGGAACAAACAUGUUGUCAAAGGACUCAAAGUAUACUGUGAUUAAUGAGCUGAGAACAUCAUCUCUGUUUCCUUUACGCUGUUUUAACUGAAACCAAUUUUCUCAGUUAAUGCUUUUAAUGACAUUUUGUCAGGAUUGAGAAAUCUGCACAAAGCCUUUCCCAACUUAUUUUCACUUAGAAUAACUGCCAAAGAUGCUGAAAUGAAAUACUUUGCAGGCAGCAUGAAUGAUUUUAGUGCAAUAUACUGUAUAUGGUUAAAAUAAAACCACUGCUGAUUUAAA